CUUGUUGUGGCCGCUGCCGAUGCGGAUGAUGCUCAGAGGUGGUGGAGGUGGUAGAUAGAUGGUGCUAUUGUCGUCAAUCUCCGCUGCUUUGGCUUUGCUCUGUGCAGGCACAGAGAGCAGAGCACCAAAGCCGCAGGAGGAGCAGGGAAGAAGAUAGAGGCAGGGGCGGGCAGGCAGGCAGGCAGGCAGGCAGGAAGAGGGAGGCAGGCAGGCAGGCAGGCGAGGCACACCGAGGGGAAGGUGGGCAGGAGGGAGAGCUCGUUCUGGUUGUCGUUGUUGUCGUUGUGUCGCUGGCGUACAUGUCUGAGGCCGGCAAGGUCCUCUGGAGCAGUCGUCAAUGGUGGUGGUCAUCCCGCACUGUCGUCGUCUGAUCAGCCGCGAGAGGUAGCACAGAUUCUUUGACACCGUAAUUCCGAGGGGUUGAUUUGUGGUCGUAGCUCGAGAGGAGAAGCGGAGCGUAGAUCUUUGAAUAUUUUUCAGCUUCCGAGAGUUCAGCCAGGUGGGCUGAGUCGAAGCUUGCGAGAGCCGAAGUUUGCCAGUCAUGCAUUCGUUCGUAUUCAGAGCCAAUGCGGUGCUCACUUUCGGCAUCACCGUCCUUGCUGCUCUAUGUAUUCUGGCCUCGCUAUCCGACAGUUUUCAUUCUUCGCUUCCUGAUAUCAACCUUCAGGUCCUGAACGUCGAUGUUUUGCAAAGACUGUCUAACGGCAACGACGAGGCAAAGUUGACUUUGCACAUAUCGGCAGAUCUACGUUCAGUCUUCACCUGGAACACCAAACAGCUAUUUGUUUUCGUCGCUGCUGAGUAUGAGACUCAGAAGAACCAGCUCAAUCAGGUAUCGUUAUGGGAUUUGAUCGUGGAGAGGAAAGAAGAUGCCAAAAUUGACCUUCGACGAAGAAACAAGUAUGGAUUUGUUGAUCAAGGAAGCAAUUUACGUGGACGGGAGUUCAACUUAACCAUGUAUUGGAACGUAAUGCCGCUAACAGGGGGCAUCUUCACAGGUUCAAAAGUUCUAACAGGUUUCCGACUCCCAUCAGAGUAUACUCGGUAAUUACUUCCAUACCCAAUAAUGGGGUGUCGGGAACGAUAGUGUUUACUGGGUGAGCUAAAACCCUUUGAAUGAGAAGAGGUCAACAUCGAGAGCAGGAAGCUGCAAGUAUGUUUGCCCCAUGGCAUAUUUAUUCUUCUUUCGUGGCCCAUUAUUGAGUCAAAAGUUCACAAGAAGUCUCUGAUGGUGCGAACUGUCCCCUGAAGGACUGUCCUGGUGAUAUAUCCUGUUCUAGUUAGGGCCGGCCUUUCAUUGCUUGCGUAAGUUCGAAUGAGCAUGAAAUUGAUUCCAUGUGAGCAGGCAUGCCUUUUCCCAGAGCAAUUUCGAAGAGCUAAAGCCUCGGGCAGCCAUUUUUAGAGAGUAGGAUCUUAUGCACUUCUUUGUGAUUGAAUAUCGUGUGGAGCAAUCAUCUGCAGCCAUCUAAAUGAGCAUGAAGCCAGUUCUAUCCGAGCAGGCUUGCCUUUUUUCC